UAUAACAACGAGUUCAGUAUAAGACCAUCAAAUGCUGUUCACCACGAGUCGGGGAUAGCACUGAACACAUUGGAGAGUGGAGACAUGGAAAUGAGACGACUCUGUUGCCUCGUUAUAGGCUUGUUAUGUUUGGUGAGUGCAUCAGAUGCAUCAUAUGAACAGGAAGCCCUGGAUAGACAUAACUACUUCCGCCGAGCCCAUGAUGCCCCCAUGAUGCAACUGGAUGCAGCGAUGAGUCACUCUGCACAGGCAUACGCACAGAAGCUGGCUCAACGGGGAAGCUUGCAGCAUUCAAGCUCGGGCGAAAGGCCUGGGCAGGGGGAGAAUUUGGCAAUGACAUGUGAAAGGGACUUCAACGGCGCAACAGCAGUUGACAUGUGGUACAAAGAGGUCUGUAAGUUCAACUUCAACAGUCCCAGUUGGGGUUAUGGAACUGGUCACUUCACCCAGAUAGUCUGGAAGGAAAGCACUGAACUUGGUAUUGGAGUCGCAGAGAAAGACGGGCGCUGGGGAAAAUGCUACUACAUUGUCGGUCGUUACCGAAAAGCUGGCAACAUGAUGGGAGCUUUCAAGCAGAACAUUGCUAGAGGGUGCUUUGACAAUAACAGUUAUUGUAGGAACAAUGGCGCGCCUUGCCCUGGUGGGGUGGUGACAGAGAGCCCACCUCUGACUAAUGGCCCGGCACCCCCCACCCCCCCUCCACCCCCACCAGUACCAACUGAUCCAACCGAUUGCAGUGAUAGUCACCAGCAUUGUAGUUACUGGAAAAGCCAAGGUUAUUGCACAAGUUACAAGAACUAUAUGAUGAAAAACUGCAAGAGAAGCUGUGAUUUCUGUAGCGGAGGAGGAGGGGGCGGUGCAGGAGGAGGAGGAGAAGGAGGCGCAGGCGGAGGUGGUGGGGGAGGAGGGGGAGGAAGUGUUGAGGACUCGGAUGCGCAGGGGGGACUCGCGCAGCACAACAAAUACCGCCAAACCCACAACGCCCCUGCUAUGACAUUGGAUGCUGAGAUGACGAGGUCGGCCAAGGCCUACGCGGCCAAGCUUGCGCGCAUGGGCAGUCUGCAACACUCGAGCUCUAGCGAGAGGAACGGUCAAGGGGAAAACUUGGCGAUGGCCUGCGGACGAGAAUUGACAUCAGCUGGGGCGACCGACAUGUGGUACAACGAGGUGUGUAAAUACGACUUUAACGGUGGGGGUUUCAGUAGCGGGACCGGUCAUUUUACCCAGGUUGUGUGGAAGGCCAGUACAGAGCUGGGGAUCGGGGCGGCCACGACGUACAAGGGCAACAUGAAGUGCACAUAUGUGGUCGGUCGCUACCGAAAGGCUGGCAACUUCAGAGGGAGAUACCAUGAGAACGUGGAACGCGGGAGCUUCAACAAGGCGAGCGUUUGCAGGGGAGGCGGAGGGGGAGGCGGGAGGGGGAGGGGGAGGGGGAGGGGGAGGCGGAGGCGGAGGCGGAGGCUGGUGGCGUCGCUGAAAGUGUUGAUUAUGGCUCACAAUAAUAAAUUAAGGAUCUAAAGGCCGUAUGAAAAGUAUAUCUAUGGAAUGCUAAGGAAAUAAAGUGUUUGUCAACUUUA